GCAACGGCACGUGUCUACGCAACAAUGUUUUUUAUACUAUAGUAGAGACAUUUAACAUCGGUCAUACCAUAUUUCUAUGGGUCAUACCAACAGGAUAUAUUAGGCUUGCAAUCAUGGCACUAUUUAAUUUAACCCAACUCGGUUUUCAAAACUAUAUACAGGCUACCAAGUACGAAGUAGAACCAGCGCACCAAAACUACGAGCAAAAAGAUGACAAAAAAGGAAAUGGCAACAAUCCGCCAGCAGAGCCUGACGUCAACCACUCUCAUAUGGCAGGGAAAGAAGUAGAUCUAGCGUGCGGUUCUCAUAGGAGGUAUAAAGUUAUCCUACAAAAACACAAGAGGAAUCAGAAAGCUCCGAAUGAAAUAUACCGCACGCCAGUAACGUCAUCUCAAACAUACGGCUGGUGGUCAAAGACUGAAAACAUACGGGAUUCUGAACAAUGGACGCGAGUUUCUAGCAGUUAUCCUAGAGUUAACAGCGAGGUGACGAAAUUUGUGGACAAAAUGAGUCUUACUAAUCGAGAUUUUACACUCUUCUAAUGCUAUGAAUGUAUAGCGUGAAUGAUAGGUAGAAUGCGAAAGAAUAAUUGUUGAUUUUGUAAUUUGCAAUUUGUAUCUGUUGACAAUAUUAUUUGCACGCGUCGCGUUUGCUUUCGAUUUAAAAUCGUCAUUAUCAUAAAUAUCAUUCUAUUUCGCAAGUCAUCCAGCAUCAAGAACUUUUACUCGAUUUUAUUUAGUUUAUAUCUGUUUUAGUUUAUGUAGGAAAUAUUUGCAAUUAAUGUUGCAUCGAUUUAUUAUUUUUAUACCAGUU